CAAACUUCAUACACAAACAUUCUAGCUCACUACCAGCUAGCUACCUUCUGCUUCAUUCACUAGUUAGGCUGCAGGCUAGGUUCUUCAUUCUUCCCUGAGAAUCGAACAUGUCUGGGGUUUGGGUUUUCAAGAACGGCGUCGUCCGGUUGGUGGAGAACCCGGGGGCGGAUUCCCUGCAUGGCUCCAACGGCCGGCGCAAGGUUUUGGUUCACACUCCCAGUGACGAGGUCAUCAGCUCUUACGCUGUGCUCGAGAGGAAGCUGUUCUCACUUGGCUGGGAGAGGUACUACGACGACCCAGAUCUCCUUCAGUACCACAAGCGCUCCACCGUCCACCUCAUCUCUCUCCCCAAGGAUUUCAACAGGUUCAAGUCCAUGCACAUGUACGACAUCGUCGUCAAGAACCGGAAUCUGUUUGAAGUCAGGGACAUGUAGUCUGUCCAAACUUGGAUCUACUACUGCCUGCUGGCUUAUGCUGAUGAAUGUGUUUGUGAUCCAUGAUAAUGAUGAUCGAUGACUUUGUGUGUUUGGAUAGUUUGUGAGUUUGUAACUUUUUUUUCUUUCUUGUUGGGAGGUUCACUGUGUUUGGUUUGCUUCGGUUUGCUGUAUGUAGGUACGGUUUGUAUUUAGUUUAGGGAAAUCAUGGGUUUGAUUCGUGAUAAUUGGGUACUCUAUUGUGUUUGUGUACAAACUAAUUGAAUGUUUAAUGCAAUUGUGUAAUGAAAGUUGGGUCUUGAUCAACUGAUCUUGUGUACGUGUGUGU